AGAAGAUGAUGCAUACGGCCAUACUCUCUUGAUAAACAGACAAUUUCCUGGCUGCGUUACUUGACUGACAUGGCACUAUAGUUUCCACCUAGUCAGGAUUGCCGGAUCCGACAUGCUAGCCUCAAAGAUUGGAGAAGGUGCAUUAUCGCCUUUUCAAUGGAACAGGGAUCAUCUGGAGACUGCGUUACAUCGCGCACAAACUGUAUAUGCGUGGUUCCCAGUCUAGCUUCAUACACCCUUGUCAGUAUUUAGGUACUGAACGACUUAUAAGCCCCGCCCUCCGCCCAGGUCGCGUUCGUCGACACCUUUUUAUACUCGAUCUCCUACUCCUCCUCUCUAACCUCCUCGAACCCUCUUUCCCUCUCUCUCCCAGACAUGUUGUUGCCGCUAGCUCUGAUGAUACUGUCAUGGCUAAAUCAGUACUCGUACACCAUGCUGAUCGGAACACUAUCCAUGAUUGAAGGGCCACACGGCCAACCCUCAACUGAAGGAAAUGCGACGUAUAUCACGAGCUCUCUUCGCAACACCAUUAACCACCUACGUACCCACGUCGGCAACUCGUUCUACCUCCGAGGGUUCGCCCUCGUCCUCGUCCACGACAUAGCCCGAGAUACCAUCCUGCCAGCUCUCCUACCAAUGAAUGGCAACUCGCCGCUCAACCGACACAUCUGCUCCCUAAUCUCCGUGGCGGCUUUGGCAAAUUUACAAGUUCUCUGGGUCCACAUUGUCAUCACCCGGCCAUCACCAAAGUUUCUUUACCAACGCCUUCCCAGUCUGAACUGCUGGGUCCGAGUGAUCCCUAUAGCCUUGCUUGAGUCUAUAUUGUGCAAGCUAGCAGUUCCAAUCACGCUACUCGUUGAACUCCAUCUGAUACAGGCUGUGGGAAAGAUAGACAUUGACCAGAACCUGGAUAAUAGCCAGGCAGCAGCUCACGUCUAUGCGCUCGCGGCUGUCGCUCCCACAUUAGUGAAAUUUUGGCUUGCUCUUCCUGCUCGAGUUGUAUUGGUUCGGAUCGCAGCAUCGACAGUACCAGACGAUGAUGAAUCGAUUGUUCCGCUUGAUCCACGGCUCAAAGGUGGUGGUACUCCGCUGGGCAUGUUCGAUGCAUGGAGGAAAGACUCGUGGGCGCGUGCUUGUAAAAUUCAGACCAAAGGCUUUAUUGCAGGGGUUGCUAUUUUCCUUUUAGGGCAACUGGUUCUUCCUGACUUCCGGAGUUAUGUUCCUUUUCUGCCGAUGUGGUUUGAUAGUUGAUCAAUUUGAUCGUUUGCGUGUGUCUAAUUUUGUAUAAGUGGAGAGGCAUGAAGGAGUUGACUUUGAUAAGCUUGUUGCGAUUUGUUGCAAACCGAGGCUUGAAUGAAUACGCUAAAGCCACCAACUUGGGCUAGAGGGGUCCAGAAGCAUACAGUGGCAUGUGUGAAGGGUUACUCCCCGAACCUGAUGGAGAACGUUCAGUUUUGUGUGGAUGC